AUGAUACAGUUGCUGUUUACAAGCGCCUGUCUGAUAUCAUGUGUUUUGUGUAACUCCUACCUACGUCCAUCCUACGGCCCAGAGAAUGUUGGCGGGGUGGCAACCACUGGUCCGCUACGUGAUGGAGGUGGAUUUUUCGGCAGACGUGCAGAAGGGUCCGCCUUUGCCGGUCUGGUUUCUGGACGCAGAGGAGAUGCUGUGUUUGGUGGUCAGGUAUCAGGCCAAAAAAGAGCAGGUGUAUUUGGAGAAAGAGGAACAGGUUUUGGGUUUGGCGAUUUAGUGACAGGUCGAGGAGUCGGCUCAGACAGUGCGAGUCGCUUUAGAGGACGAAAUGUGGGCCCUAGGAUUAACGAUGACUUUGUGACAGGACGUGUAGAUCGUCGCUGGAGACAGGGUAGCAGUGGAUGGACAGACAGAAGGGAUGAUAGUUGGAGAGACACCAGAGGAAGUCAGUGGGCAAACAGACGUGGAGUUAGGCCUGAAGCACCAGUUAGAUCUUAUAACUAG